UGGGGUGGGAAGGCCUGGCUGUGUGAGGCUGAAAUCGCCUGUCACCUCUGGCAGGAGAGUGAGCCUGUCACUUUCUGUCUCCAUCAGACCCUGAACCCACAGGAGAGGGGAUUUCGGUAACAUUUUAACUCUAUCUCUCAGGCAUCUGAAAGCAGAAGAGUAGGACAAUGACUCACUUCUGCAGAACGGGAUAAAAAUGAGAAAACGUGAAAUAAUGAGCUACUGUGAAUUAACUCUGUCAUGUCAAGACAGAUCAAAAGUCUCUGCCAGAAGAUUUAAGAAAACACACACAGACAUGUGGACGGCCACGCUCAUGCAAUAGGACUUGACUUCAAGUAAUCAGAUGUUCAAGGAAGUGGUAUAAAUAUGUGUUGCCACCACCUUUUUCUUUAGCAAAUACAGUUGGGGGAAGGCCAAGCCAGCUGCGCGCAGCGAGCUCAGCGCCCAGAAGGGAGGUUGGAGCUGGCUUCCCCGCCACUCGCUCCUCACCUCCAGAGAUACCCGGGGUCUCCCCAAAGCCCAGCCUGCCCGCCUGCCCACCACUCCUCGCCACCUCCCGCGGGCCCCCGAGGCUGUCACGUGGUGGCGUGGGGCCCGCCUCCGGUGACGUCACCGCGCUCGCAGCCCUGGCGUUGAAGAAAGGAUGCUCUAGCUAGGAUGCUGUGCAGGUGUAACUAGCAUGGUUUCAUGCACGAGUGAUGAGCGGCUCUGGAAACCUGAUGGAUUUUCUCGAUGAGCCAUUCCCUGAUGUGGGGACGUAUGAGGACUUCCACACCAUUGACUGGCUGAGGGAAAAGUCACGGGACACUGACAGGCACCGGAAGAUAACCAGCAAAAGCAAGGAGUCUGUAUGGGAGUUCAUCAAGGGUCUGCUGGACGCCUGGUCAGGAUGGGUGGUCAUGCUGCUCAUCGGCCUGCUGGCAGGUACCUUGGCUGGGGUCAUCGAUCUCGCUGUCGACUGGAUGACCGACUUGAAGGAGGGAAUCUGUCUGUCUGCCUUCUGGUACAGCCACGAGCAGUGCUGCUGGACUUCCACUGAGACCACUUUUGAGGACAGGGACAAGUGUCCCCUGUGGCAGAAAUGGUCCGAGCUGUUGGUGAAUCAGUCAGAGGGUGCCAGUGCUUACAUCCUGAAUUACCUGUUGUACAUCCUGUGGGCCUUGCUGUUUGCAUUCUUGGCUGUCUCCCUGGUGCGCGUCUUUGCGCCCUACGCCUGUGGCUCUGGUAUACCGGAGAUCAAGACCAUUCUGAGUGGCUUCAUCAUCAGGGGCUACUUGGGUAAGUGGACCCUGCUGAUCAAGACUGUCACCCUGGUGCUGGUGGUGUCCUCGGGCCUGAGCCUUGGGAAGGAAGGGCCGCUGGUACAUGUGGCUUGUUGCUGUGGCAACUUCUUCAGCAGCCUCUUCUCCAAGUACAGCAAGAAUGAGGGCAAGAGGCGCGAGGUACUGUCAGCGGCGGCUGCAGCUGGAGUCUCUGUUGCCUUUGGUGCUCCAAUUGGGGGUGUGCUUUUCAGUCUAGAAGAGGUUAGUUACUACUUUCCCCUGAAGACCUUGUGGAGGUCCUUUUUUGCGGCCCUGGUGGCGGCCUUCACGCUGCGAUCCAUCAACCCCUUUGGGAACAGCCGCCUUGUUCUCUUUUAUGUGGAAUAUCACACGCCCUGGUACAUGGCCGAGCUCUUCCCCUUCAUCCUGCUGGGGGUCUUUGGGGGCUUGUGGGGAACCCUCUUUAUCCGCUGCAACAUCGCCUGGUGCAGGAGGCGCAAAACCACCAAGCUGGGGAAGUACCCGGUGCUGGAGGUCAUUGUGGUGACUGCCAUCACAGCCAUCAUCGCCUACCCCAACCCCUACACACGCAAGAGCACGAGCGAGCUCAUCUCUGAGCUGUUCAAUGACUGCGGGGCCCUUGAGUCCUCGCAGCUCUGUGACUAUAUCAACGACCCCAACAUGACCCGGCCCGUGGAUGACAUUCCUGACCGGCCGGCUGGGCUCGGGGUAUACACAGCCAUGUGGCAGCUGGCCCUGGCGCUGAUCUUCAAAAUCGUCAUUACCAUAUUUACCUUUGGCAUGAAGAUCCCGUCAGGCCUCUUCAUCCCCAGCAUGGCUGUGGGAGCCAUGGCGGGCAGGAUGGUGGGAAUUGGCGUGGAACAGCUGGCUUACCAUCACCACGACUGGAUCAUCUUCAGGAACUGGUGCAGGCCUGGAGCGGACUGUGUCACCCCAGGACUUUACGCAAUGGUGGGAGCGGCAGCUUGCCUAGGUGGAGUUACCAGGAUGACGGUGUCAUUGGUGGUCAUCAUGUUUGAAUUAACGGGUGGUCUAGAGUACAUUGUACCCCUGAUGGCAGCAGCUGUGACCAGCAAGUGGGUGGCUGAUGCCUUUGGGAAAGAAGGCAUCUACGAGGCCCACAUCCACUUAAAUGGGUACCCAUUUCUGGAUGUGAAGGAUGAGUUCACUCACCGCACCCUGGCCACUGAUGUCAUGCGGCCUCGGCGGGGAGAGCCACCACUGUCUGUGCUCACCCAGGACAGCAUGACCGUGGAGGAUGUGGAGACGCUCAUCAAAGAGACCGACUACAACGGCUUCCCUGUGGUGGUCUCCAGGGACUCUGAGCGCCUCAUUGGAUUUGCCCAGAGGAGGGAACUGAUUCUUGCCAUAAAGAACGCCAGACAGAGGCAGGAGGGCAUCGUGAGCAAUUCCAUCAUGUACUUCACGGAGGAGCCCCCUGAGCUGCCGGCCAACAGCCCACAACCCCUGAAGCUGCGCCGUGUCCUAAACCUCAGUCCUUUCACGGUCACGGACCACACGCCCAUGGAGACAGUGGUGGAUAUCUUCCGGAAACUGGGGCUCCGGCAAUGCCUGGUGACACGCAGUGGGAGACUUCUUGGCAUCAUCACAAAAAAGGAUGUUCUGAGACAUAUGGCCCAGAUGGCAAACCAGGACCCUGAGUCCAUCAUGUUUAAUUAGAAACAAGAUGGCAAUUAUUAUGAGAAAAAUACAACAACUGUGUCAUUUCAAAAGAAGUAAACAAAUGAUGUGUUAUAAUUCUAAAGAAUGAUCCAAAAGCUUUGUUUGAAAGGAAGGGAAGACAGAUGAAACCUUUUGUUAAAAAAUACAUCAAUGAGUAGGCAUUUUUAUAGCUUUAACCCCUUAUAAGUUUCAAAUUGUGUUUGUUAAUGACUUUACUAACUGCUAUGGGGGCAUGUGGGUGGGUGUAAACUAUGUGGUUUGUACAGGGACAUGGAACAGAAAUGCUGAAUCAACAAAUGUUUGCCCUUCUGUUCAAGGCUGAUGUUUGUGAAGCUUUGAGUCCAUAAGGCAAAGGGCUAUUGGUGUGUCGGUGUCCUUACUUACUGGUUCCUGAAGUUUUGCUGCUAUGUUACUGAAUCAGACUAAAGAUAUUUGCACUUACUUUGUUGGAAUAGAAAAAGAAAUUAAAUUUGAACAUAGUGAAAACUGUAAGUAUGGGUUCAUGCAUGUCUACCCCAUUUUUUGCUUCUUUUCUCAGUCUAUUAUUUUACUUAUCCAUCAGUUUCUGAACCUACAUCAGGGUCACCUGUUAUGAUGAGUAUGAAGAAAUCAUUUCUCUCUCCAAGCCCAGCAUCUUGGGACUGCCUGGUGAACAAUCGGAACAUUUAGUGCUGCACUGUAUUCCCUUCCAUGCAAAGGGGUUCAUUCUUAUUUUGAGAGUGUACACACCCAAUCACUGAUUUGCAUCCUCAUCGCAUUUGCUUAUUUAUUGCUUUUGCCUGUGUAUUCUUAAAUAUUGAUCAGUCCAGCACUUUCUAUGGGCCAUAUCCUAUAUGCUGCCAGCUUGCCAUAAGUGUGCUUUAAUUUCCAAAUAGCCUAUACAAGAAUCAGAACAGGCUACCCAGUGUUACUACUUAUUUUCCCUCUCAGAUCUUAAGAAAUAUGACUGCAGAGAGGGUGAGGCAUAUGAGUUCUCAGUGGGAACUCCUCCAAAUGGAUUGCAAGAGAAAUACUAAAUUGAUUCUAAAUCUGUUCCAUUCUCUUCUCUGUAGGAUGCAAAAUGCCCAGCUUUAAUGUAUAAGCAUGCAUUUUCAUACCAGCAAUCAAAGCACAGAAGGACGGAGUUAAAUUCUAGACAGCCAAUUUGUGCAUUGGGCAUCUUUGUAUUGAAUGUAAUGAUGCAUUUAUUCUUUCAGUCAGGACUUCUGUCUUUUCUGGGGGAAGAAAUUAAGCUAUGUUUUUUAGGUCCACUGUAUGAUCUAUGUGAAUAAGAGUUAUCCUGGUUGCUCUUU